AUUGAUAUCAAUGAAAACAAACACAAGCGUCUACAUUUGGCAAUAGAUAACAAAGCAUAUAUAAGGUAUAGAAGUCAAACAGUUUAUCAUUACAAGCUAAAACCAAUCAUCAAAAUGUAUCAAACUCUUUCAAGCAGUUUAGGAUUUCUUUUCCUAUGCCUGAGCUUCAUCCAUGGACAAAAAACCAUUCCAAAAUCAACGCCUAGCGAACAAGUGGAUUCUAAGGUUAAUCAACGACUUAUUCAGCUUGAAACAACUUUAGAGUCAGUAAUAAAAGAGUUGACAGCCAUCAAACAGGAAAAUCAACAGCUUCAGCAAAGGCAGAAAAUGGCUGAACUCCAAGAAAAAAUCCAUGACCAGCAGAUUCAGAAGUUACAACAAUGGAAUCAAACUGUCCAAACCAAGAUUACUUCCCUGGAGAAGUCACUUAGAGCUGUGCAAAGGGAAAACAAAAUGAUGAGAGUUGAACUUGAUCGUUUGAACACCAACUUGCCUCUCUUACCACAAGACACCAAACUGAUGGAUCAACUACACAACCUCAAUUCCACAUCCAUUUUCUUACUGAAUCAAAAUGCCUUCAUGAAAGACCAAAUGGAGAAUCUGAAUUCUAGCUUCAAACACUCAACUCUUGAUGCAACAAGAUUGGAAAGCACUUUAACUGAGAAAUUAAGCCAAAGAAUCAAAGAUGGCAAACAAGAAAUGAUGAACAAUAUGUCUGCUGUCAUGAAGGAUCUAGAAGUCAAGCAGCAAAAUUUAUCACUUUCACUUUCAGAUGUAAAAAAUAAAAUGGCUCCACAGCUAAGCUCCGUACUUCAGCAACAAUUGACAAAGGCAGAGCAACAGCAACUUACAGAGUCAAAUCCGCAGGAUUUCACACAGUCUUAUAUGCAACCCCACAGCAACAGAGCUGCACCAGCAGGUUAUCAUUACAAUGUAGCUUUUACAGCUGGAAUUAUAUGUUGUGGACAAAACACUACAUUUCCACCUGGAACAAAGGUUAUAUUCCCGGAAAUCAUAUUCCAGGUGGGAGGCGGAUACAACCCCAGAACAGGCGUUUUCACUGCUCCAAAGGCCGGCCUCUACCUUAUUUUCUCUACCAUAGUAGCAGACAAUUGUCAACAAUUUAGGACCAAAAUCAUGAUCAAUGGUGCACUAAAAGCUAAAGUAAUGGCCUGGUUUAAUUAUACGACUAAACUGCAGGUCUACCAGUCAGCCUCUAACCUUGUGGCCUACUGGUUAAAGGCAGGGGAUCAGGUCUGGACAGAAGCGGACUAUGGGAGUAACGUGUUUGCUUACGCUCUAGAGAAUACCUUUUCUGUAGUCAUGAUCAGUGGAUCAACAUAGAUAUGCUGUAUUCUUAUAUACUCAUUAAA